AUGUUCUUCCUCAAGGAGGAGACGAAACUCGUGACCCUACAUCCCUCCUUCUUUGGUCCCAAUGUCAAGGAAUUCCUGAUUAGGCUACUGAAUGAGGAAGAAGAGGGGAGAUGCACGGGCGACCACUUUGUCAUCUGUGUUAUGGACAUGGUGGAUAUUGGUGAGGGACGGAUUAUGCCCGGCAGUGGCCAUGCAGAAUACACGAUCAAGUAUCGCGCCAUCAUCUGGAAGCCUUUUAGAGGAGAGACGGUGGACGCCAUCGUUACCUCUGUCAAACCCACGGGAAUUUUCACACUCGCUGGCCCACUGUCCGUGUUCAUCGCUCGCAAGAACAUCCCGUCUGAUAUAAAAUGGGAACCUGGCACGGUACCCCCGCAGUACACAGAUCAUGCCGAGCAGGUGAUUGAGCGAGGAACGAGUCUUCGCUUGAAAAUACUUGGUGUGAAGCCCGACGUCUCGGCGAUAAAUGCCAUUGGAACGAUCAAAGAAGACUACCUGGGGUGA